AUGGUUCGUCCGCGUCGGAAUACAUUUUAAUUUGAUUUUAUCAUAAUAUUUUUAGAAAUUCUUCAUAGUUCUCUUAUAUGAGUGCAUUUACUAGAUAUUUUAUUUGGUGUCUAUGCAUAUAAAGAAGCAUAUAAAAGUUCACAAGAAAAAUGACACACGUAACAGAUGUGAAAUUUUUGUUCACUAGGUUAUUUGCUUUGAAAAAUGGUUUGAAUAGUACAAGAUUGGGAUUAAGAAGUUUUAGUCAUGAUGCGGAUAGGUCAACACAAGCUUUACCAAAGGAAAGUGUCACUCCUCUUCCUCCUCUAUCAGAACCAAUGUCAAAUUUGCCUCCUGUGGUGUAUUCAUCAUCAAAAUCUGAAGAUGCUCAUACUGAGGUAACAGUUCUUAGCAAUGGAUUAAGGGUGGCAUCUGAAAAAAAGUUCGGCCAGUUCUGUACUGCUGGAGUGGUUAUUGAUUCAGGCCCAAGGUAUGAGGUGUCAUAUCCAAAUGGAAUAUGUCAUUUCCUGGAAAAAUUAAGUUUUGGUGCCACUCAUAAAUUUGCAACUCGUGAUGUAAUGCUUCGUGAGUUGGAAAGACAUGGAGGCAUUUGUGAUUGCCAAGGGUCACGAGAUACAACAGUUUAUGCUACAAGUGCAGACUCUAGAGGCCUUGAAGCAGUAACCCAGGUCUUAGCAGAAGUUACUAUGAGACCACAAUUAUCCUCAGAAGAAAUUGAAGCAGCAAGGCAAGCUGUUGCUUUUGAGUUGGACACAUUAUCCAUGAGACCUGAACAAGAAACUAUUUUAAUGGAUAUGAUUCAUGCUGCUGCCUAUAAAGGAAACACACUUGGACUACCAAAAAUAUGUCCACCAGAAAAUUUAAAUAAAAUUGAUCGCAACAUUAUUCUUAAAUAUUUGAAACAUCACUAUACUCCUAGCAGAAUGGUUGUGGCUGCAGUUGGUGUUGAACAUGCUCCAUUUGUUGAAUUUGUUCAGAAAUAUUUUGUGGACAUGAAGCCCACAUGGCAUAGUGAAGAAAUUGAUAAUAGUGAUCCUGAAGUUGAUAAAUCCAUUGCCCAAUACACUGGAGGCAUACAACAGGAAGAAUGUGAAAUCCCAUUGUAUCCAGGAUCUGAUUUACCAGAAUUAUCGCAUGUUGUUAUUGGAUUAGAAAGUUGCUCACACGGAGACCCUGAUUUCGUCGCGACGUGCGUUUUGAACAUGAUGAUGGGUGGUGGCGGAUCGUUCUCGGCCGGCGGGCCCGGAAAGGGAAUGUAUACGCGCCUCUACACCAACGUGUUAAAUAGAUAUCAUUGGAUGUUCAACGCUACCGCUUACAACCACGCGUACGGCGAUACGGGUCUGUUCUGCGUACAUUCCGCGUCGCCGCCGAACCGCAUCUACGACACCACUAUAGUGAUCGCGCGCGAACUCGCCAAUAUGGCGGGGAAGGUCGGAGAGAACGAGUUGAGGAGAGCAAAGACCCAGUUACAAUCCAUGCUGCUAAUGAACUUGGAAGCCAGACCAGUCGUCUUCGAGGAUGUGGGUCGCCAAGUGCUCGCCACUGGGAAAAGGAAACCACCAUCUUACUUCAUCAAUGAAAUUGAGAAAAUCACGGCCGAGGACGUAGUGCGCGUGGCUCGACGCAUGCUCAACAAGAAGCCCAGUAUAGCGGCACGAGGGAAGCUGGCCCAUCUGCCCACCUUCGACGAAAUCCACGCGAAUAUGGCGCUUACAUCGACAGAAACACCGCAAGGCCGCCGCCUCAACCUGUUCCGCGCUUAGAAUGUACCACUUGGUACACUAUUAUAAUUGAAUUGUUAUUAAAUUAAAUUAGUAUUUCUGCAA